CCGACGCACACCGAACAUCAACCCUACACGGGUGAUGGCGUCUGAAGAACAUGGUGAUGCUGUCCCGGUUCGGACAUCGUGGAACCUUCUGCGUGCCUUUCGUUCAUGGGGGAGGAUUGAAGAGCAACCAGACUUGGAACAGCCUGGGCCCGUAUUCGCUCAUGGGAGUGCUUUGGACGUGAUGGUGGUGACACAGUUUCGCCCCGCUUGGGAGAUUCAAGCACACCUCCGCUUCGUCCGCUUGCCCUACAGAGUCGAGAACAGCAGCUACAUGGGGUCGGCGGCGACGGGCCUGUACCCUGCCCUCACGGACGGCCAGUUCGUCCUCCGCUCCGAGGAUGCGGCCGGCCACAUCGCCAGCAGGCGCAGGGACGUGGACGUCGGCCUCACGGAAGCGGAGAAGGCGGAGGCUCAGGCGUUAGCCAUGCUGGUGAGGGAGGGGCUCCAGCCACUCCUUCGGGUGAUGCGCUACAGGGGGGACGAGGGCGAAGUCCGGCAAACGGUCUAUCCCCCGAUGAAGAAGACAUUAUCCUGGCCUCUGUCGUGGUGGUCGCCCGCCGCGGAGGGCCGGCGGAGCAAGCUGGAGUCUGCGGUUCGCGGCCUCGACCGGUUGAGCAAGGCUGAGCUGAUAGGCCGGGCCAAGGGCAUGUACGCGGCCCUCAAUCUUAGGCUCGGAAACAGCAAGGAGGCGUUUUUCUUCGGAUCGAGACCUACUUCCCUCGAUGCCGUGGUUUUCGGGCACCUUGCGGAGGCGUGGACAAUAGCAGCGCUGCUGGACCUGCUUCCCGCCUUCGACAACCUGUCUCGCCUUUUCCGACGUGUGUGUAACGACUACUUUCGGCCGGGAUCAUUCCCGCCUCCAUCGUCCGGCUGCGACGGAGUUGGAGAGGGCAAGAAAAGCGGCGAAGAACGGAGUGGUGAUGGCGUGGGUGGGAGCGGUGGCAGCGAGGACCGGCUGAGGGACGCCAUGCUUAGAGCGGACUACGUGAACUCCCUUAACGCUUUCAACCAGCUGGCGGGAUGUGCUCUGUGCUCCGAAGUCCCCUACAUCGAGGAUCCCUAUCCCCCAAGACCGAUCGCCAACGCCGGUAUACCGCCGCCAGUCCUUGCGGGAAACUUGCCCGGGGUCGGAGGCGCGGAAGGAGCUGCCGCGGCCGGGAGAACCACCGCGGCGGCGACGGCAGCAGCAGAUGCAGUGGACGGGAAAGCAACGGCGGCGAAUGAAUCCCUCCCCCUCAAGUACACCGUCGUCUCCGUUGCGGCCUUCAUGGUUCUUUCCAACAUUCUGUCGCGGGGGUGACGGAACGUUCAUUCUGCGGAGCAAUCGCUACUGCAAUUAGGAUAAGCGGCGACCGCCGCUCCGGAGAUGUGAUGGGAGUCGCCGUGGCGUAAGCCUUGCUCGGUGGCCAGCCACUUUAGGCGAGAGUUGCUGAGGACCAACCAGAGCCACACACGAGGGGGGGAGAUGGACGGCCUCUCUUCGAUCGUGCUCCCUUGCACUUCAGCGCUUCGGCUGGCCGAAACUAGCGAUCAAGGGGUUGAAAGGGAGCGUGGUAACACAUGGAACCCGGCGAGACUUGGAGAGACCUUAGACGAAUGAUGCAAAUCCGUUUCCGUGCAUGGACCAGAGUUAACAGGUCGACUUGGUUUGGCUCACCAUAGAGCAGCGGUACAAGCGCAAUGAGCAGCACCCGAUAAAAGGACAGCACACUACGGAGGAUCCGUCCACCGGGCCUGCUGUUUUCAGUUUGAAGCAACAACAGGCGCAGGGCAGAGUGUCGCAACCUCGGUGUUGCUUGGGAUUUCUUCAGUUUGCUGGGUCCUUUUUCACGGUUGCGACUGUCAUCUUUUACCACCACCUGCCCAAAGGUCGACGAGCUCAACAAUCAUACGGCAGCGGCGCUGACGGACAACAUCAUAAAGACGACCAAUCCGAAAGAAUUAGCUUAUCGGAGGCCCUGUUGCUCUACUGUUACGUGGUGCCGUGGAUUGAUGUCCAUGUGUCCGACAAAUAUCUCAGGCAGGAACCG